AUGGGCGGCAAGUUGCGAAGGUGGCCGAGAGCCAUCAACAGCUGUACAAGACAACCGGGGUCUAUUCCUUCCAUCACCAGUCUCCUUUUCUCCCCUUCCUCACCGUCUUCUUCCCCCCUCAGCCCGUGUCCGCGACCUUCGUCGUCGUCGUUGCUGCUAUUCUCUGCGAAGAGCGCUGGUACACUGCUUUUCUCACGCAUUUUCGGCGUUUCUGGUCCUUUUCCCCUGAAGCGUCCUCCACACAUAUUUACCGCCAUUUCCACUCGCAGAUUGGCUCAAAAUGUCUCAGAGCCAAGAGCGAAGCGAGAGUCCUCAGCAGAUACCAGCUUGCGUGCCAUGGCCGCAGAAGUUGAUGCUCUCCCUCGUAUCGUGAUGCGCCCCCGUCGCGCUCUCAGGGGUCAUCUGGCGAAGAUUUACGCUAUGCACUGGGCUGCUGACCGGAGACACCUCGUAUCAGCUUCUCAGGAUGGCAAACUCAUCGUCUGGGAUGCCUAUACUACCAACAAAGUCCACGCCAUUCCUUUGAGGUCAAGUUGGGUCAUGACCUGUGCUUACUCACCAUCAGGCAACUUCGUCGCCUGUGGGGGUCUCGAUAACAUUUGUUCCAUCUACAGCCUGAACAAUAAGGACGGUACCAACGCGAAGGGUGCUCGAGAGCUGAGCGCUCACUCUGGUUAUCUUAGCUGCUGUCGUUUCAUCAACGAUCGACAAAUCGUCACAUCCUCUGGUGAUAUGACCUGCAUGCUGUGGGAUAUCGAGGCUGGCGUUCGGGUGGUUGAAUUCAGCGACCACACUGGCGAUGUUAUGAGCCUUUCGCUCGGCCCCAACCAGAACGUGUUCGUUUCUGGAGCCUGUGAUGCGACCGCCAAGUUAUGGGACAUCAGAACAGGUCGGGCUACCCAGACCUUCACAGGGCAUGAGUCCGACAUCAAUGCUGUCCAGUUCUUCCCCAACGGCGACGCAUUUGCCACUGGGUCUGAUGAUGCGUCGUGCCGCCUCUUCGACAUCCGCGCCGAUCGUGAACUGAACACUUUCACGCAUGACAACAUUUUGUGUGGAAUCACGUCGGUUGCCUUCUCCAUUUCCGGUCGCAUCUUAUUCGGUGGUUAUGAUGAUUGGACGUGCAACGUCUGGGACACCUUGAAAGGAGAGCGCGUCGGUGUCCUCACAGGCCACGAGAACCGAGUUAGUUGCUUGGGUGUCAGCGUUGAUGGAAUGGCCCUUUGCACUGGUAGUUGGGAUAGCACUCUCAGGGUCUGGGCAUAA